UAAAUACGCUGAAUGCGUCGGACGCAGCUUCAGUUUCAUCACGUUGAUGAAGUAUCCAACAAUACGCAUUAUGAAGGGUUUUGUUUUGGUUUUAACGGCGUGCGUUUUACUCGCAGAAGUAAACUCUGCAAAACUACCGGAUUAUUUGAAGAAGUGUAAAAAGGGUCCGGAAGGUGCCAAAUGUGUGAUUGACAAUGGUCUUGCCGCUGUAAGUUCAUUGACUAAAGAUGGCGAGCCGAAAUUCAAACUGCAGAGUCUCACACCCAUCCAUGUGGAUAAAAUUGAUCUGCAAGCAACUCCACAGUUGAAAGUAGUGCUUGAUGAUGUAGAUUUUACUGGGUUUGAAGGAUUAUCGUUGACUGAUGGUAAAAUCGACGAUAACGAGUUGACUUUCAAGGCGCAUCUUAAUCGGAUGGAACUUGUUGGCAAAUACGACAUCAAUGGCCGUAUUUUGAUCCUGCCGAUUCAGGGCAAGGGUACUUGCAAUAUUACAAUGGUAAAUCUUGAUUUUAACUACAAAACAAAACUGUUUACCGAGGAACGCAAAGGUAAAAAGUACUUCAGAGUUGAAUCCAAUGAGAAUACUGUAGGUGAAAUUAACAAUAUCAAACGUGUGUACUGGCAAUUUGAUAAUUUGUUCAAUGGUGAUGAGCGUUUGGGUCCUGAGAUGAAUCGCUUCUUGAAUGAGAACUGGAAGGAUGUUUAUGGUGAAGUGAAGACUGCGAUUGAACAAACCGCUGCGUAUUCUAUUUUCAAUUAUUUCAUCAAUGGUUAUUUACAUUUUGUGCCUAUUGAUGAGAUGUUUGAGGAGUAAAUAUCGAUUUAAACAUCGAAUUGUUAAAUAUUUUCUUAUCUAUGUUAUUAAUAACUAAACUUACUUAUUUGUAAGUGUAAAAAAACUAUUCCAACGAUAGACAAUAAUAAAAUUUGUAUUGUUA